CUCGUUUUCUUCAUAAGAAACAGUGCUAUACUAUUUACAGUUUCGAAUCCGGAAGAGGGAGUUGUUUUAAGAUGGAAAAUUACGUAGGUUUUUGAAGAAACAUAGAAAAGCUUUUUGUCUCCGAAUUUGGAGUGUUUCUCGUAAACGAUGAUAGACAUGUUGUAAACAAACUAACAGAAGAAGGUUCAAAAAAUGAGACUAAAUGAGACAGGCUCAAAUCAUACUGUGAGUAAAUAUGUGCUUCAGCGACAGCUCGGAAACAAAUUUCCAUUGGGCUUCCAAGACAAAUUCCGGAAAAGGAUAUACAAAUCAUUCUCCAGUGAUCCAAAGCAUGGAUUUUGGGAUCAGUCAACAAGCGGAAAAUCAGGAAACAGUGGCCAACAUGGAGGAGUCUUCAAUCUUGAAUAUUCACCUGACGGGUCCAUUCUCAUUGCAGCUUGUGAACAGAAGAGCUUCAUUGUCUUGGACCCUAUAACAAGAAAAGAUGUUCAUAGUGUAUUCAAUUCACACUCAGACUGUGUUAACUGUGUUAGAUUCCUUGACUGCCGAACUUUUGCAACUUGUUCUGAUGACACAACAAUUGCGUUGUGGGAUAUCAGGAACUUAAAGCAGAAAAUGAGAACUUUGAGAGGUCAUUCCAACUGGGUGAAAAAUAUUGAAUUUGUUAGGGAAGAAGGGUUAUUGGUUACUUCUGGUUUUGAUGGCUGUGUUUUCACUUGGGACAUCAAUAGCUACACUGAACAAGGACUCAUGAGUCAACGUGUUUUUCACACAAAUGGCCUAAUGAGAAUGAGGUUAACUCCUGACAACACCAAAAUGAUCUUGUGUACUGCUGGCGGAUACAUCAUGAUUAUUCACAACUUAGAUUUUGCAACUUUGAAUCAAGACCUUGCUGGGUUUAAACCGAACAUGUACCGGCUGAUGCAAAUAAGCCAGACGCCUAUAUCCUUGGCCACGAAUUUUAGUCACUUAUUUAGGUCCAAACGAAAUCGUAUAGAGUUGAUUUCUGAUUGGCCUGCAGGAAACGAGGCCGAAGUCAUUUCUUCAUUACAUGUACACCCACAAGGAUGGUGUGUCGUUAGUCGAAAUACCAGUAACUUGGAUAAAUCUGAGUGGACUUGCGUCCAUGACAUUCAAGAUGUAUCUCUGGACUCGCCUGCCAUUUCUCGAAAGCGACGUAAAAUUGAAAACGAAGAAAGUCAGCCAUCCACUUCGUAUCCCGUUACGUCGUCUUCCAGCGGCUCUUCUUCAGAGCAGAGUGAUGAAGAAACUCAUCCUCCGAGAGGACCCACAACGAAUAUAUCGCCAGGACCACAGGUAGAAGUUCGAAUAACGGCUCCUCUACAAUGGGGCACUCGGACUGGAGAAGCGGCUGGCUUCCAUCUUCGACUUGACUCUGAUAGACUCUCUGUCGCGAACGAGCCAAUAGAUAACCUGGAGGUCCGAAUACCAAGUGAGGAAGUGCUAGAAGCAUUGGAGACUAUUCGCCGUGCUCAGUCGGGGGAAGAUGAAAACCAUACCUCCGAGUUUCGAAUCCGUCAUCGUAUGUUUCGCAGGAAUUCUACCCCGCUACCCACACGCCUUGGGCAUUUGAACAACAAUGCAUCCAACAGCGAAGAAAUACCAUCCAGUUCAUUGCUUGUAACAGACCAACGUGAUAGAUCCUCGAGAGAGGAUGAGGCUUGGGAAGAUUCAGAAAAUCCAAAUAUAACAGCACAUUUUGUUCGUGCCGUAGCUGAUUUGGCAGCUCGUUCUGUUCAUCUCCUUGACCCAUUCCGUUUACGGUCUCGCCAUGGUAUUCGCCGCCAUCCACCGUCAUUGACAUAUGAUGCUGACAGUAGAGGAGAUUUCGAGAUGAAUAUACAUUCAAACCUAAACCGAAUCACGUACUUUAUUGAAGAGCCAAAUGUAGGACGAGGAUACAUAAAAGAAUUAUGUUUUUCACCUGACGGCCGCGUUAUUGCGAGCCCAUAUAGCAACGGUGUUCGCCUCCUUACCUUCAACCCCGAAUGUGCAGACAUGUCUUACGGCCUGUCGGCCUCUGCCAUUAGGGGUACGCGUUCAAAUGGAAAUGAAAAAGAAUCACCACAUACAUUGCACUCAUUGACAACUAACAAUGGUCAUUCCGAUGUUGUUGUAACGACAAAGUUUAGCCCUACCCAUCCUCUUUUUGUCUCAGGUUGUCUAGGCGGGAAAAUUGUUUGGCAUCAACCUGUUCUUUAGCCGUGUUGGUUUUUUUCGUGUGUGAAGUCCAUCAGUGUGAAUCUCAACAACUCCUCGUUUAAAACUCAACUCAAUAAUGUUCCUUUCAAAGUGCGACAGUUGGUGGAGUGUUUUGGUUUUGCCAUCAAAAAAUAUACGCAGCCCUUCAAUACCUGUACAUAAUCCUGUGCUGGAAUUUAAAAUAUAAUGAAAUAAAUAUGUUGCUUUCCA